AUGAGUAGUAAACCAAAUUGGAAAAAAAAUUUCGUACAAACACUAUAUUUACAAAAUAUUUUUAAUAAUCUAAUAAUUAGAUUAAAAGUAUUAUAAAAGAACUUAAGUCGUUUUUAUUCCUUCUAGAUAUAGCACUAUAAUAGAUAGAUAAUCCAUUUUAUAAGAUUUUAUAAAAGUUAUAAUGUAUUUCACCAUUUCAAGGUGGAGAUAUAGAGCUUAAAAAAUAAAACAAAUAUAAAAGAUAGUAAAAUUAACAGAAAACCAGGAGAGCUAAGAAAAUAGAAUAAGAAAUUCAUUUAGAAAUAAUGUAGUUUUGAUUAGAUGGGCAUACUAUAAAUGAGAUGGAAUAUAAAUUUAGAGAAGGAAAUAAUAGUACCAUCUUUUGAGUAAAAAUUUGAAGAUUCAACAAUUAAAAAAUUGUGUAAAACAGAUUUGUUCAUAUCUAAAAACAUCAAUUUAGCGUCUGAAAAAGAUGCCAAUUGA